AUGGGCGUGUUGGAAUCUUGGGAUCUUCGAGACCCUCAUUCACUGAGGGCGGUGAAGAUAGCCGAUGUUGUACGCAAGGAACUAUUUAGGAUUAGCUAUUCGAAUGACUUGCAGCUAACGUGUGAUAGAGUGCAGCAUUUGGUAGUGGCCGGGCAGGAUCUCCUCGUGGUGACUCAAUACGUGGUUGGAUGUUUUGAUUUUGAUGGAUUGUAUGUUGACUGCGAUGACCCGCAUCAGAAUACCUUCGAUCGAGGCCUUCCGUUUGUGACUAUUGCUUUCAAGGUACAUAAAUAUGACCGUGAGGAUGAGGAGGUUGAGUACGUCAACUCUUUAGAUGGCUUGGCGCUUUUCGUCGGUUACCACAGCGAUUCAUUUGCGUUGCCUGCGGCAGAGUUUCCGGAGCUCAAACCCAAUCCCAUUUACUUCGCUAAUGCGCUAGAAGAAGUCAUGAGUCCGUAUACACCACCAAUUGGUGGCCAUGACAUCGACAUUUUCAAUUAUGAAAACAAGACUGUUUUGUCGUGCUAUUAUCCAUCCAUCUGA